CGUCGAAAUUAGUCGGCCGGUAUCGUGUCAUAGAAGUUGCGACAAAGUCGCCGUUUUCUGACAAACUGCAUAUUUUCUGGGAAGAUCAAGACAACAGAUUGGUUAAAAUGGUUUCCGUGAUCAAUUCAGUUGAUACUGCUCAUGAAGACAUGAUUCAUGAUGCCCAGAUGGACUACUAUGGAGUAAGACUAGCAACGUGUUCAUCUGAUCGUUCCGUCAAAAUAUUUGAUGUCAAGAAUGGCCAGCAGACACUUCUUGCUGAUCUCCGGGGGCAUGAAGGUCCAGUAUGGCAAGUGGCCUGGUCUCACCCGAUGUUCGGAAGCUUGUUGGCAUCUUGUGGAUAUGAUCGGAAAGUGAUCAUUUGGAAAGAAUCUGGUGGAACGUGGGAAAACAUAUACGAGUAUGCUGGGCAUGAUUCUUCAGUGAAUUCUGUGUGCUGGGCCCCCAUGGAGUUUGGUCUGAUGCUGGCUUGUGGUAGUUCUGAUGGUUCCAUAUCAGUCAUAAGCAGCUCCGGUGACGGCUCUUGGGACACAAAGAAAAUAAAUAAUGCACAUACUAUUGGUUGUAAUGCUGUUAGCUGGAGCACAGGUGUUAAUCCCAAUUCACUGCUGGAUUCACAAGUACAGAAGCCACCACUUGUGAAGCGGUUUGUGUCGGGAGGAUGCGACGAUCUUGUCAGGAUUUGGAGAGAGGAAGAUGAUCAGUGGGUGGAGGAACAAAAAUUGGAAGGCCAUAGCGAUUGGAUUCGUGACGUAGCAUGGGCACCAUCUAUAGGUUUGGCUAAGAGUGUCAUCGCCAGUUGUUCUCAGGACUGCCGAGUCAUCAUCUGGACCAACGACGGUACAAGUACAAACUGGACUUCAAAGGUGCUGCACAAGUUUAAUGACGUGGUCUGGCACGUCAGCUGGUCAGUGACAGGAAAUAUAUUGGCAGUAUCUGGUGGUGACAAUAAGGUAAGCCUGUGGAAGGAAACGUUAGAAGGGCAGUGGGUUUGUGUUAGUGAUGUAAAUAAAGGCCAAGGUCAAGUAAUCGAAAGUCACCCAGCGGAGCAGACGGCAUAACAGGGAUAACAAUAAUAGACUAAUGGAUGUUUAUGUUGUGUUAUAUAUGGAAGUGCACAAUUCUGGAUGUGUCCUUUUUUGUUCAAAGUGGGGACUGGACCAUUCGUGAAUGGCAAUUUUUUAUGAAAUUCUUUGGAUCUACUUCACGUAGUUGAUUGGAACUGUCACAAUUUUGUCAAAAAUUUGAAUUCUAUGAAAAGUGACAAUUGUUAAAUCCUCUGUCUUGGAACUUUUCACGUUCUGGUUAGGCCGACUCGCACCACUUUUUGGCAAGUCUAAUGGUAUAAAGAAGAGGGUGCAAAUCUUCAAUUUGCAUGUUCCAAGGCCCUACCUAACAAACAUUUUCAGUACUUUCAAAUUGAUAGAGGGGCAAAUAUCCAAAACAUUCUAUUUUAGAUGAAAAAAGAAACAUUUUGGAUUAGGUAUAUCAAGAAGUACAUGUAUUUUGGGGGACAAUUGGCAAAAUGAAUGUUGGCAUUUAUUGUAUUAUGUUGAUUUGGAACACUGUAGAUGUCUUAUUAAUAAAGUAUA